AAAAACUGUUUUUCAGCAUCUGCUCUUCACUGGAUCUACAAGAUCAUCUGAGGGAUCUGACUGAAUCAAGAUGCUGCUGAUCAUUGAAGCUCUUCUUCUCAUUUCAGCUGCUCUAGGAAAGGAUCACAGAGCUGCUGUUAAAGGGAAGAUAUUUCCACUGGAUAUGGCACUGGAUUCAGUUGAUGACCUUUAUAAUGGCUGUAAAGAGAAAAUGGCAGAGCAGGUGGACAAAGAAUAUCUGAAGAAGGAACUCAGAAACUCAGUUGAUUUUGAAAAGGUUUGGGAAAUUGGUAAAAACAAAGUAUCAAAAAACUAUUUUUUAGACAAAUUAAAAACAAAACAUAAAAUUGCUAUCUAUGCGUACACUUACAUCCAGAUUGACCCAAAUUUAAAUAUAUAUGAGAAGUUCAAUAAAGACAUUCGUUAUGGUAAACAAAACUACCCAGUCAUGAAAUACAAAUGGUAUUCACUUCACUUUCUGUUAACAGAAGCAGUACAGAUUCUGAAGAAAACACAAAAUAGAUGCUUUGAUACUUUUCGCGGUACAAAGGUUACAUUUGAGAAUGAUGUUCUGAACAAAGAGGUUCGAUUUGGCUCAUUUACAUCCUCCUCUCUUGAACGUAGUAUAGCAAAACGUUUUGGAACUGUAUCUUGUUUUGUAAUCCACACUUGUGAAGGAGCUAAUAUUACAAAAUAUUCUAUGCUUCGUCAUGAGGAAGAGGUGUUGAUUCCUCCAUAUGAGAAGUUCAUUGUUACUGCUAUCAGGACAGGAACAAAUCAGAAACAUCGCGGGUGUAAGACUGAGUUUGUGUUGGAAAGCACUGGAAUAAGAAGUGACCUGAACUGUGCUCUAUAUAACCAACCAAAACCAUAGCAAAAUACUGAGGUGUGUGCAGAACAAAGGGCCUUCAAUUUGCAUUAUAUAUUAAUGUACAUUAGUUCAGGAAAAAUAAAAAAAUAAAAAUCUGACACUGUUUACUUUGAAAGAUUUUGGAAAAGUAAGUUCUGCAUCCAACAAUGGAAAACAAGCCACUUUUUUGAAUGUUGCACAAUUUGAUUAAUUGUAUUAAAAAUAGAGUUCUUAAGGUCCAUGUAACACUU